AUGUUCCGCACUGCUGUCCUCCGCACAUCCGCCUCGGCCGUCCGCGCUGUUGCCCGACCCGUCGCCAUCCGAAGAACAGCUGCCCUGGCCGCUGCUCCCCGCGCCGUCGCCGCUCCUUUCCGUGUCCAGAGCCUCAUGGGCGUGAGGAUGUACAGCGCUGGUGGUGGCUUGCACAAGGAGGAGGUUGAGGGCCGCAUCAUGAGCCUGCUGCAGGGAUUCGACAAGGUCAACGACGCUGCCAACAUCAAGCCCACUGCUCACUUCGCCAACGACCUCGGCCUGGACAGUCUCGACACCGUUGAGGUCGUCAUGGCCAUCGAGGAGGAGUUCAGCAUCGAGAUCCCCGACAAGGACGCCGACAGCAUCCACUCCAUUGACAAGGCUGUCGAGUACAUUCUCAACCAGCCCGAUGCCCACUAA